AUGGUUACCAGUGAAACAGGACGUUCCUCAUCUAUUAGAGAGUCUAAGUCGUCUCGUUUGAAGCGGAGACAACUUGGUCAUAUGAGGGAAAAAUGCUUUGACAAAGACGACAUUGUGGAAAUACGAGUCAACUUGAAGAUUUGUGGAAUGCGCCUUGCAUUUUUUGACCAAAAAAAAGUUGAUGUCCUGACGAUGAAGAAACGUCGUCCCGACAACGCGACCACCGACGUCACGACGAGAAGAUUCACUAAGUCCGGACGACGCGAUGUAGGGCGUCUUGAUGAGUGUGGUGUUCAAGUAUUGGAACGUGCAUUGCUAGAAAAGGCAAUUACCAAAAGGGAAGAUCAAAGUGGAAUCCUCCUCAUAAAACUACUCCUAAGCCUAAAGCUCCUACACAUUCAAUUCCCCCACAUCUCCAUCGGCCUAAAGUCUUUGACGUGCAAUGGCAGAACUGACGAUACCAAGGCAUUCCAAGAUGCAUGGUCAGAUGCAUGUAAAGUGGAGGGAUCAACAGUUCUCGUUCCGUCCAAAUUCACGUUCCUUGUAGGACUCGUUUCAUUCUCUGGUGCUAAUUGUCAACCAAACAUUGUAUUUCAGGUGGAUGGUAUAAUUAUUGCUCCCACUUACUUUCAAUGUUGGGGGAAUGGUUCUUUACCAUGGCUUGAAUUCACAUAUCUUAGAGGCGGUGUAACAGUUCAGGGAAGAGGUAUCCUUGAUGGAAGAGGCUCAAGGUGGUGGAAAGAUGAUGGAAAAGAACCCAAAAUUCCAUUAAACACUCCAUUUCAACAAAUCUCACCAAUACAGGCACUAAGGCUUAAUGCAAGCACCAAUGUGGCGGUGAAGGGCAUAACAAUUCGAAACAGUCCUCAAUUCCAUCUCAAGUUCAAUCAUUACUAGCGAGUUGUGGUGCACGAUAUGACUGCCGACUCUCCUGGGGACAGUCCUAACACAAAUGGGAUGCACCUACACAACUGUCAAGAUGUGCUAAUCCAUUACAGUAAUCUUUCAUGUGGUGAUGACUGCAUUUCCAUACAAUCACGAUCCUCAAAUGUGUUCAUUUUCAACGUAAGCUGUGGACCAGGGCAUGGGAUCAACAUUGGAGGCUUGGGAAGGAAUUACAUCUGUAAAGCCCGUGUCUCGAACAUCACUAUCCGGGAUAUAGUUAUGCAUAACACAACGAAUGGUGACUGAAUAAAGACAUGGCAGGGUGGACGCGGUUCGGUUCAGGGUGUUGUGUUCUCAAACAUACAAGUAUUUGAGGUAGUUCGUCCAAUUGUGAUAAAUAAAUUCUACUGUGGCGAAAAACAGAAAACAGAAUGCAAAAACCAAACAACAGCCGUGGCUCUAUCAGGAAUCACCUUUGAAAAAAUAAGAGGAACGUAUAAAGACAAAGCUAUGGAAAUAGGUUGCGGCGAUAAUGUUCCAUAUAGGGGUAUAACAUUAUCGGCCAUUGAGCUAACCCUAGUGCCCAAUGAACGGACCCGUACGGAUGAUACAUUCUAUUGGCAAGCUUUUGUUGAAUUUACCACCCCUACGGUGCCACCAAUCGGGUGUUUAAAGACUGACAAGCCAUUAAAUAACAGAGCCCAAUCUAAUCGUGAUAUGUGCUGA